GAGCGCCACCCCACUUGCAGAGGAGACCCAACGAGGCAGCUGAUUAAGCGGCGUGUUAGGUGGGCUGCCGUGCCAUCGGUGUGUACUCUGCUCUGCCGGCCACCAACCGUGCUCGCCUCCACAACCCUUCCGGUCUUCGAUCUCGCCGGUCGCCACACCGUGCCCGCCAGCUGAAGAGAAGUGAUCAAGGCGCCAUGGCCGAGCCGCCGCCGGCGACGGCGGUGAGCAGGAAGCUGUACGGGUACGCGCUGUCGUCCAACUCGGUGCGCAUCGCGGCGCUGCUCAACGAGAAGGGCCUCGACUACGAGCUCGUCGUCGUCGACGACACCAAGGCGCCGGAGUUCCUCGCCAUCAACCCCUUGGGCCAGGUCCCGGCGUUCCAGGACGGCGACGACAUCCUCUUCGAGUCGCGCGCCAUCAGCCGGUACAUCGCGACCAAGUACAGGUCCUCCGGCACGGACCUGCUGCCGGCGACGGCGUCGGCGAAGCUGGAGGUGUGGCUGGAGGUGGAGUCGCACCACUUCUACCCGGCCGUGGCCGACCUGGUGUACGAGCUCCGCGUCAGGCCGCGGCUGCCGGGCGGCGCGCCGCCCGACCCGGCCGUGGUGGACGGGCUCGCCGGCAAGGUGGCCGACGUGCUCGACGUCUACGACGCGCACCUCGCCGCCGGGAACAGGUACCUCGCCGGCGAGCAGUUCACGCUCGCCGACGUGAACCACAUUGCGCAGCUGUUCGUCAUGAGCCGGACCCCUCGCGCGGCGGAGCUCGUGGCGGCCAGGCCGCACGUGCAGGCGUGGUGGGACGAGAUCUCCGCCCGCCCCGCCUGGAAGAAGACCGUCGCCGCGCUCCCCCUCCCGCCGGCUUGAGGACGCCGGUGGCAUGGUGCGGAAUAAAGGUGUACUGUAUAAUGUUUUUAGCAGGAACAGAUGAUCAAAUUCCCCAGGAAUGUUGUUGAUGUGGGUGAAAGAUUGGUCUGGUAUGAUUAAUUGAUUAUGAACAGCUGAUCAUGCUGUUUGCCUAGGCAA